AUUUCACGUAUUCAAGAGUAAGAGUGACCCUACCUACCGCCAUCGCCUAUCCUCUUACUCUCAAGGCACGAGCGAAAGGUAUUCGCCGAAUGGGCGGUACAGUAGUACACCGUACAAGCUCCUCGCCGGCUAAAAUUAAAUAGGCGCGCCGAUUCUCCUCUUCUUCCCUUACCUCUUUCUCCUCCCCCUCCUCCUCCUUCACCCCAGCCGAUAUGAAAAACAAUUGUUCGGGAAAAGCGAGAAGCCUAAAUAUUGGAGUUCAAUGUUGUCUUCCAGAGACUGCUGAGGAGAACGAGUGCGACGGAUCUUCAUGGAAGAAGCCACAAUUCUUCAAAGUGUUGUUUGAAAAUUUUCGCGAGAGCUUGAAAAUUCCACCUGCAUUUUUGAAGCAUCUGAGAGUUGGUGAAUCUGGAGCAGCCAUUGUCAAAGACCAUGCUGGUAGAACUUGGGAUGUUAAAUUGUUGAGGAUGGGUGACCGUAUAGUAUUCGAGGAGGGAUGGAAGAAAUUUGUUGAGGAGAAUGGCUUAGACACAAAUGACUUUUUGGUUUUCCGAUAUGAUGGAGAGUUGCAUUUUACAGUCACCAUCUUCGACAAAAGCUGUGUUGAGAAGUCUCCUGCAACUCCCACUGCGGAUGUGAUUGCUGAUGAAGACCAUUUGCAGUCUGUUGAUGUGGACAUGGAAGAAAAAUGCACAAGAACGAAAGCAUGGGAUGCUGCAUCUUCACUAAUGACUACUAAUCCGACAUUCAAGAAGAUGGUGGCAGAAAGCGACUCAUAUCGUAUGCGUAUUCCAGCUGACGCUCCAAAUGGAAGUGUGCCAAAGAAGACUUGUGAGGUGAAGCUUGAGGAUCCUGAUGGUAGGCAAUGGCCCGUUAAAAUCCUGAUAUGGAUCAGCUCCAAUAAAGCUCAUUCCUUGCCUCGUAUGGAAAGAUCAUUGAGUUCUGGGUGGCACAAUUUCUUUGAAGCAAAUUGCCUGAAGAAACGAGAUGUCUGUGUUUUUGAAUUUGUAGCACGAAAGAAGCUAUUCAAUGUCCAUAUUUUUCGGGACGGAACAUAAUGAACAUUUGUAUGCAAGCUAAUUGACAGAAUGAUGGGAAUGACGAUCGUAUAUCCGUGGAGAGUUGCCAGUGGUUGGUUAUGUUCUAUUGCUAUCUAAAAGACAUUGUUAUUAUCUAUGGAUUUUUGCCAUUGAAUA